CUGAUGAUGUUUUGCUCGAUCGUUUGAGAGUCGUGGAAUCGUGCGAGAUUGUGAAGUGGGAAUCUCGGUGUUUUCUGUCAAGGCAGCAGUGCGAACGAAUCGAGUCGAAUCAACAACAACAAAUAAUUUCCGACGACUCGGCAUUCAUCACUCUUCAGUUUUCACCAGUCUUCAAUCCACCUUCAGCCCUCCGAAUUCAUCGACCCUUGUGUUCGAUUAUAUUGAUAAACAAUCCGGAGCAGGAAGUGUGAGGAAUCAUCAUGUCUGCCGAUAACGAACUCAGCGCCAUUUUGAACCGCCGGCAAAAUAUGAAUGAGGCCUUGGACAAUGGCGAGAAUGUGGAGCACAAAUACGUCAAAGUGAGCACAAAUGUGUUCACCGAGUUCAACGAAUUUACCCGCAAGGAGAUCAAAGAGUACGAGAAGACCUUUAAAACGUACAAUUCCAGCGGAAAUGGCCGACUCAGUUUGGACGAACUCAAGAUCAUGAUGGAGAAACUUGGGGCUCCUCAAACACAUUUGGGACUCAAAGAAAUGAUCAAAGAAGUGGACGAGGACGAUGAUGGGUUCAUUUCAUUCCGCGAAUUUCUCCUCAUCUUCCGUAAAUCUGCUGCUGGGGAACUCAAGGAGGAUUCCGGGCUCUCCUUGUUAGCCAGACAAUGCGAGAUCGACGUGGACGAGGUCGGAGUCGUUGGGGCCAAUGAUUUCUUCGAGGCCAAGAUCGCAGCCAUUCGCAAAACGAGCAAAUUCGAGGACGAAAUCCGCUUGGAACAAGAGGAGAAGAAACGGGAUGAGGAAGAGAGGCGGAAACGACAACAAGCUUUCAAAGAGCGAGCCGCGUUAUUUGGUGGUAAUUAAACAAAUCUCCUCUCUCUCGUUCUCUCGUUCGUCUUUGUGUGGAGACCCAAUGCAAAAACCUCCCGACUCCUUUUGGAAAAGAAAAAAAAACACUCCGACAUUUCCAAGAAGGACGGCCUGGCAGGCAUUACAUCAAAACGCGACCAACGCCGCAUUUAUACCUGAUUGUAGACACAUAUUUACAAACCUGAAAUCAAAGUCGAGGUCAUCAUUUCUUGACCCCUUUUCCUCCUAGCAAACAAGUCGAUAUCGCUGUUUCCCCCCCCCAGACACGAAAGCAACGCACACAUCCAUUUUCCUGUGAUACAACGGCUUCCUUCUGUUCUGUGUCGAUUGUGACGCACUGAUCCCUCAUCCCGCCUUUCAGUACUAACGUUAUUAUUGGUCCCCUUCCCAAAUGUAUCUUCAUCCCAUUGUAAUUCAUGAAUGGACCGAGAUUACUAUCAAAAAUAUAGUAUUAAUCAAGA